AUGAACCUUAUUGGAGUCGUUCCAACGCUCAGUCAUGCGAGGCCUUCUAGCCGUGGGAAUAAAGAGCUCCAGAAAAAUGUGUUCGAGGCGAAAACGGGCGAAAAGAGUGAAGUCAUAGUGAACUGUGUGACCGCCAAUGUGAAUGGAGAUUAACUUCUUGAGGAGUCGGAUAUUCAUGGCCUGGAAGAGUUUUUAAUGAAUGUAGAAGAUGAGCGGACUCGAGAAGCUGUAGUCGAACUUCUGGAAGCAAAGCAAAUGGAGAACGAGAAGCAGGUCGAGAUGCGGAUGCGAAGGAUCAUUAACCAGCUGCCGAGCGACGUUCUCAAACAGUUAUUCGACAUCUACAAGCAGACUUUUCCACAUUGA